AUGGCGGGCGAUCUGGGAACAGCGAAUGGUGAGCGUGGUGACGAAGCUGGUGCAACGAUCGGGAGUACUGUGGCCCGCAAAACGCCUGAGAACGAUCGGUUGGAGCGGAAUGAUGGUUCCGACGCUGAGUUUUCGGCGGAAUACUGUGGUUAUGGUGAGUUUGAGGGCGACGAGGUGUUAGGGACUCAGAUAAAUCAAGCGUCUCGAGGAAAAAGAAGGAGAAGGUCGGCUUUGGCAUGUGUUCGAUGUCGAAGACGCCAUGUCAAGUGCCCGGGUGGCAGGCCGUGUGCUAAAUGUGCUGCAGCGAAUAUUGCCUGCGAAUAUUUGGAGCCCAACAAGAAACUCAUAGUGUCUAUGAAGUAUUUGCAAGAUUUACAGGAGAGUCUGGCCCACAUGAAGCGGGAGAAUGUUAGACUGCAGGCAUUGGUGACUUCUCUGCAGUCCAGCGGAGAAGCUACUGUAAGUAAAGGCAUCGGUGGCCAACAGGACGGUGCUCCUGUGCCUCCUCGCAGAGUCCUUACACCUCUAGACCUUCAGGCGGAUGGAUCGGACAUCCAAUUUAGUAAGAAUACCAUUGAAAAGGAUGUCCAGAGAGAUCUGGCGCAAUCGGUGGGUGGAAAUGUUGAAGAAGAUGAAGAUAUAGUACCGUCUUUCGCCCGAGGAGGCAGGUUGGUCGAGUCGCGCACCGGCCAGAGAUACUUCGUCGGGCCCUCUUCCAUGACGCUUUUCGGACUUGAGAUCCAAUCUUUGAUCUCCAAAUAUCUGCCGAAGGACACCGCCGAUCGUACGUCCGCUAACAGAAUGCCAUUACCAAGCAAAGAAGGUCAUAAUUCUUUAGGAGAAACAUAUGAGCCUGUAGAUCAGGUCCUACAAGAGGAAGGAAAUGCGUACAGGAUUGUACUCGCUAAGAAUGACGAUAACGAGGAUCUUUCGGUGAAUUUUACGCUUCCCUCUUAUUCUUAUGCGAUGUUUUUGGUUGACACUUUUAUCACCUACAAUGAUGGAUGUUUCUAUUUCUUCAAUGAAGGUAUCGUCAAACAUGGACUGAAGAUAGCAUACGAAGGUAAGCCACUUUAUGAUGACCACACCCUGCAAACAAUUUGGUUUUGUAAAGUCUUACUAGUUUUUGCCAUUGGAGAGAUGUAUUUGGGAACUCACAAUAAUGUAAAUGGUAACAAAGCGGUACUCAAGGGCAGUGCAAAGCUGCCUGGUUCUGGAUUUUUCGAUGAUGCGUCUGAGAUCUUCAGUUGUCUUUUCUCAAGUGGAAAGGUAGAGAAUAUUACGAAGGAAGGCGGGAUUGAAGUGAUGCUGCUAUAUGCAUUCUACCUGCAAGUUGCAGAUUGCACGGUUGCUUCAUACUUCUAUUUUGGGCAAGCUCUGAAAGCAUCUUUGAUAGUUGGAAUGCACGUCGACGCCCAACGAGAGUCGCUCACACGGUAUGAGCUCGAGCACCGCCGUCGCCUUUGGUGGACCGUUUAUAUGUUCGAAAGAAUGCUCAGUUGCAAAGCCGGCCUUCCACUGAGUUUCAUGGAUGAAACCAUCUCUACGGAGCUACCGGACGAUUUCGACAUGUCCAAUCCGCCGUCCGGUAGUGAACAUUAUAUUUUUCCUGAGGCUGAAUAUAUCAUUAAUUGUGUUAAAAUUGUUCAGAUUAAUGCCCAGAUACUCAACAAGCUAUAUCAGAGGCAGCCUAGCUCCAACAUACUACCAACUCUAAAACAUAUUGUCAAGCAAUUGCUGGAAUGGAGAAACAAUCUCUCGAGUUUUCUUCAAGUUGAUUUUAGGCAAAAAGACUUGAAGAUUUCCCGGUUGUGCACUAAUAUGUUCACAGAAUACUUCCAGGGUUUGAACCUAGCUAUUCGACCUUUGCUGUUCCAUUUUACAUCUAUUCAGCUGAAAAAAUACAAAGAAAGCCAGACUUACAUCAACCUGCAAAACUAUUCGUCCGCAAUAUCAGCUCUUCUGAACUGUUCAUUACAAGCCUCGUUGAAUACUAUACGCUCUCUUUGGGCUCUCAUGGAUCAGAACAUGGUUGCGCUUUUCGGCUAUAUGGAUAGAGAGUAUUUAUUCACCUCAUGCUGUACCCUAGUUCUAUUCAAUGCAACUUUUGGCAUUCAUGAGAAUACGUAUGAACACUUGGAUCAUGCUCUGGAAAUAUUUACUAAAAUGCGAAACCUUGGCAAUAAUCCAGCAGGCUUAAGGCGCGCUCAGUUGCUUACCUUGGUCGCAAACCUCGAUUUUCAUGGAAUUUUUAAAGAUCUCAUCGAAAAGCACAAUGAUUCUUUGAAGCCAGAUUCGCAGUUUGAUGCUCACGACUAUAAGGACAUCAAUUUCGUUUCUCACACCAGUACGGAUACAUCAGCCCUUUCAGACAUCAUAAAUGCCACGCUUUCUGGAUCUGUUACAAACCUUACUAAGAGUGAGACCAGGAUUGCAGAGGAAAACAAAAGCCAAUUAAAUCCGGCCGAUGUGAUUGAUAACGGUGAUUUGCAAAAGAUUCUGGACAAAAUGAAUAAGCUGAGUCAAACUGAUUGCGAGCUAUGGAAAGAUAUCUCAGAUCAGGCGAUGUGGCUAGGUAGUGCUAUAAAUCCUUGUGAGACGGCAACUAGUGAAGCGGACCUCAGUGCGUAUCUGGGCCGUAUAUCUUGA